AUUGUGUACCAGUUUAAGGUUGAAUAUUAUUUAUGAUUUUAACUCCUACAUUACUUUCCAUUUUAAGAUUGCAGCUAAAUGAAUGCUGACAAUCAAAAAAUCAUUUCCCACAUGGGAAAUGUAAUAAUUGCCAUUUAAGUGUAUUUGUUUUGUUUUGAAAUUUUAGUAAGAACAAGGUAUAAAAUGUGUGUAAAAUAAUAAUCUAAGAUGGUUGGAUUUUCCAGAGACUUCACAAUAAAAUUAAAAAGGGGCAUUGUUGUAAGCUGUAGAUGUGAUGAUGUAAUUUGUUAGUUGACAGUUAUUCUCAAUUUUUUUUAAACUACACAUCCAACCCAAAUUUCAAGAAACUUUCUGCAGCCAAUCUCAGAAAAUUUUAGAAGUGUGAUACAUAUGGCAAUGUUGUUUCAUAGUUGCUGUGUUGGGUUAAUGGUCUUGAAAAUGGGUGACACAUGAUGCAUAAUGUAGAGCACACUGCAGGCAAUGUUUCCAGUCAUGUUGCUUUCACAUUGACUCCAAUACCAUUCAAAUGUUUUUCUUCUUGUAUAUGGACCCAAAUGUUAGUUUUCCUCUGAAGAAUGAAGCAGUUAUUGCAUUUAGUUCCCCAGCUUCAGUUCCUGAUAUUAACAAUGACGUGUACUCUUUCGACGUUGGGAAAGAACAUACUUUUUCUGUAUCUGAGAGUAUCUCACACAUGUUACCACCCCCCUAUGUCACUAACUGUACUGACUAUGAUGAAAUGGGAAAGGCACCUUUUCGGGGUGGCUUACUAACACAACAGACCUGUUUCACGGAGUGUGUUGCCAACUUAACUUUUGAGAUGUGUGGUUGUAUGUAUGAUGACUAUCCUUAUUUAUAUGAAUUACCUGGACCAGUUCGUCGCUGUCAGCAGUCUGUGGAAGAAGGAGCCUGCAAAACAAAUCCUUUUAAGUCAGAGACGGUUGAUGCACGUCAUUAUUGUGAAGGUUUAUGCCGUAUUCCAUGCAGAAAGAUUAGUUUUGAAGUUGCAUACGUUGAAGUAUUACCUCUACCGUCAGGACCAGGUGAAAAAGGUAUGGCAAUGCAAUUAUACCAGUCAUUUUUAAAUAGACCAAUCUCUUUGGAAUCUCUAAGAACCACUGGAGUAAAAGUCACUCUUAUACUUAACAAUAAAGAAGUUAUUGUUUACCGACACUAUCCAAAAUAUCAGAAUGUGGAGCUGUUCGGUUACAUUGGUGGAUAUCUUGGAAUUUGGCUUGGUAUCUCACUGACAAACAUACUGGAUUUGAUCACUGAAUCCAGCAGUAAAGUGAAAAACUUGUUCCUAUAUCUAAAGGGGCAAUCAUCAAAGAUAUAAAACCAAUUCAACAAGUUGUGGCUACUAUUGAUGUGAGAGAAAAAUGAUAUAAUUUGAAGACAAGAUGUAAUGGAUACUAUAUCAGUUACUAUAUUAGUCUUUUCUAGAAUAUUAACUUGUACAAUGCACGCAGAACUGUAGAUUUGUUGUUACUUUGUGUAAAGAGAAUAUUUAAAAUCAUAUAUUGAUCCAAAUGCAGUAUUAUUAUUGUAAAGUGCAUCAUAUUUUAGCCUCCCGAUUUGGUGUCAACUUGAUGACAGUUAGAUUGUCAAGAUCCAGAUUUAUUAUUUUGUACUUUCACUCCUACUUUUUGUGCCCUUAUGCAAAUCUUGUCAUUUAUAACUUUGCAUAUUAAGAAAUUUUAUGUGCUCAAAUUUAGAAUUUUUUUUUUCAUUUACAAAAAAAACUUGUUCUCAUUGAGUAAGGAAUACAGUUUCAGUGAUUAGUAUAUACAUUCAUACAUAUAUAUAUAUAUAUACACACAAUGAAACUGUAUUCCUCCUUUCUUUUGUUAUUUGGUCAACUUCUAACAUUGUAGUAUUUACUGAAAAUUAAUAAUAUUUUAUAUAACUUCACAUUAUAUUCUGUAAAUGAUUAAAUCUAUAGACACAUUGCUGUAGUGAUUCUUACUCGCAUAGGAAUUCCAUAGGCCACUUUUUUUAUAUUUCUAUGUAGGGAAAUAAUUUCUAAUUGCAUUGAACAUACUUUCAUAAAUCUCUCACUCUGUUUUUACUUUUUUUUAAGGAUGGGGAAGAAAAGUCAUAAAAAGAGUUUUUUUUUAUAUAUACACACACAGUUCUUCUGUAAUAUAUACACAUUCUGAUACCUUGCCUGGUAUUGAAAUUAGGGUAGAGAACAGUUUGUAUAUGUUACUACCAUUGUUCUUUUUGUACCCAGAACUAAGACAUAAUACAGUAUUACCUUGUUAGUAGUGGAACUGAAUUUAUCUAAUAUAGUUAGUAACAGAGAAACAUCAGAAAUAAGAUUAUUAUUUUGACUGAUCAAUAAGUGGGAUUCAAGAUGGCAGCACUCCAUACUGACAAGCAAGUGGUCCAUUUGAACAAAGUAACACUUUAGCUGAUAGCAGAUCCAACUUGCAUCCCAAAGUAUUGUGGGAAGAACCAUGUUCUUUACUUCUUCACCACAUACACAGUCUUUGUAUAUCUAGAUAAUGAACGACGUUUGGAACGGAACUUGUUUGAUUAAAUCCAGUUUUAUUCAAAUUUUACCUGUACAAACUGUCAUCCUAUGACACAUUUCAUGACAUACCUCACCAUAAUGGUUUAAGACUAAAGCCAAACAUUCAUUUGGUACCUUGUAAGGUAACAGUCUUACAUUUACCCAUGUUACUUUAUUCCUCACAGGAGUAAAUAAAUAAAAGUCCACUGUACUCCUGGUUGGUAAAAGAAAUAGAUUGGAAGGUGUAACACAGUUUGUUACCACUCGAAGGUUGAAUAAAUUUGACCAAAUCUUUUUUCAAUUUGUUUAAGAAUAGUCACAGGAACCUUGAAAAAGACAAAGAAAUUUCAAGUUAAUAUCUGUUUCACUGCAACACAAAAACGAAGUAAAUCUAUAAAUAAUGUAAUAGACAAGCUGGCUAUCUUUUAUCAAGAAAAGAUAAAAGAAAACAACUAAAAAACUGAUGGGAAAAAAAAAAA